UUGUGCGAGAGACAAAACCCGGGCGCGCCGGAGCUCACACGCGCACGCACACACAGACGGCCCUGUCGCCUCUUCUCUCCUGGCGCUGCGGAGAAAGCCAGCCCUGCCUUCCCGGCCUGGGGCGCGGAGGCUCACGGAGCUCAGAGAGCAGCCCAGAGCCAACCCAGAAGGCCAAGAAAGCCGGCAGACAAGCCUUCUUUCUGUGCUGCCCGCCCGGGCCGAGACGUCCCAUCCCCCGCCCUGAACUCCGAUCUCUCCCACCCCACCCCUCUGGGUUUCUCUGGGUUUCUCUCGGACACAGCCCGCAGGCGGGUGUGCCCCCGUUCGGAAUCCACGUUUCAGCACUUCGGACAGCGCCCGGACACCCCGGCCCCUUUGGGUUGGCCAUGGCGAGCGUUCAGCAAGGCGAGAAGCAGCUGUUUGAGAAGUUCUGGCGAGGAACCUUCAAAGCGGUGGCCACUCCGCGUCCCGAGAGCAUCAUUGUCGCCAGCAUAACGGCCCGGAAGCCGCUGCCAAGGGCAGAGCCCCAGAGCAGCCCUGUGGUUUCAGCUCAGGAUGGACCAUCAGAAAAGCUGGGUCAGCGUCUGGCCACAGAGACCUUGGGCACCAACAGCUGGGAGAGAGACAAGGCCUUUCGGGAGCUGUGUCUCACCAGAGCACGCAGUGCCUCCCGGGACAAAGAAUUGACACCACCGCCUUCCUCCAGGGGGAAGAAGAAAAAGAAGAAAUCCACUCGGAAGAAGAGAAGGAGGUCCCCGUCCUAUAGCCCAUCGCCUGUCAAGAAAAAGAAGAAGAAAAGUUCCAAGAAACACAAGCGACACAGGUCAUUCUCCAAGAAGAGAAGGCACAGCUCCUCUAGCCCAAAAAGUAAAAGAAGGGAAGAGAAGAGGCACAAAAAACAAUCUCGAAGCCGGCCCCGAAAGUCUCACCGCCACCGCCACCACCGUUGCCCCUCCCGGUCCCAGAGCUCAGAGUCCCGCUCCUCAAGCUGUGAGAGCAGGCACCGCGGCCGGUCCCCCGAGGAAGGGCAGAAGUCCCGCCGGAGGCACUCCCGCCGCUGCUCCAAGAUGCUCUGCAAGGACAGCCCCGAGGCCCGGCCCAGCUGCCCGUCCAGCCAGCCGCUCCAGAUGCCUGGCUUCCUGUCGGCCAGGGGUGUAAUCACUGGGUCGGGGUCUGCUGCUGACCUCUUUACCAAAACAGCCAGCCCACUCACCACCUCCCGAGGACGAUCCCAGGAGUAUGACUCAGGCAAUGACACGUCCUCGCCACCCUCCAUGCAAACCAGCUCAGCCAGGUCUCGGGGCCAGGAAAAAGGGAGCCCCAGUGGAGGCCUAAGCAAGAGCCAGGAGCUCAACAGUGGCAACACCUCUGAUUCAGGGAACUCCUUCACCACCUCCUCACCCCAGAACAAGGGGGCCAGUCUGGAAAAUCUCUCCCCUACCAGCAGGGGUAGAGAAUCAAGAGGAUUCCAGUCACCAUGUCUGGAAUGUGAGGAAGUGAAGAAGUCCAGUUUGGUCCCACCCACAGCCCAGAGCUCCCCCAUCAAAGGGUGCUCCCGCAGCUCCUCCUAUGCCAGCACCCGAUCCUCUAGUCACUCUUCCCGAUCUCCAAACCCCAGGACCUCCCCCAGGUACACUCGGAGUAGGUCUACCUCCUCUGAAAAAAGGUCCUACUCUCGCUCUCCCAGCUAUUCCUCCAAGUCUGGCAAAAGGAGUCCGCCCAGCAGAAGCUCCCGCCCGCGCCGCAGCCCCAGCUACUCGCGCUACAGCCCCGGCAGGGAGCGGGACCCCAAGUACAGUGAGAAGGACUCGCAGCAGCGGGAGCGCGAGCGAGAGCGUCGGAGACGUCGGUCCUACUCGCCCAUGAGGAAGCGCCGGAGAGACUCCCCAAGCCACCUGGAGGCGCGGAGGAUAACCAGUGCCCGGAAACGCCCCAUCCCCUACUACCGGCCCAGUCCUUCUUCCUCCGGCAGCCUCAGCAGCGCCUCCUCGUGGUACAGCAGCAGCAGCAGCCGCUCCGCCAGCCGCAGCUACUCCCGGAGCCGGAGUCCCAGCCGGAGCCGGAGCCGGAGUCGGAGUCGGAGCAGGACCCGCACUAGCAGCAGCUCUAGCUCCCGCAGCCCCAGCCUGGGCUCCCGGAGCCGGAGUCGGAGCCGGAGUCGGAGUCGGAGCCGGAGCCUGAGCCGGAGCUACAGCUCGGCAGACAGCUACUCCAGCACGAGGCGCUAAGCAAGGGCCUUCCCUUGAGCCAGCUGCCCUGUGGGGGUCCCUUUUGCUCUGCCGGCCUUCCCUAUCACCUGCCCUUCCUGCCUUCUCCUUACAGAUUUUGAGAGCUCCUGGACCCUGUCCUUCCUGCUUUCCUGGGGAAGAGAAAAAGAGUGUACCAGGGAUUUCACCUUCUUGGUCAAGCUGCUAGGAGCCUCGCUACCAGCAUCAUUUGGAGGCUCAACUCAGGACUGGGCAUGUGGAGAGAACCAUCCUUUGUGGCACAAAAAAAGAAAAAAAAACCUCAAGGUUUUAUAAUAAGCAAUGGGUCCAUGACUCAAAAGUUGGGGCCUGGCCAAGAAAAUGGAUGCAUCCAUCACAGGAGGCCAGUGGUCAUCCCCUCACCUGCCUUCAUCCUUUCUUUACCAAUCUCAUGGCUGCGCAUGGAUGGACUCCCAUGAAUGAGGAGGGAGAUGAGAGAGAAGACCAAGGGCAGUUCUGGCCCAAGAUAAGGGGUCAGGCCUUUAACAUCCUCAGACAGGGCCAAGCAAAGGGUAAGACUUUAGCCUUUAGAAGUAGGGACAUCCCUGAGUAGGGGGCAUGGACAUUUGAGAUGACGGUAGGUGUCAGGAUCUAGGAUAUGGGGUUCUCUGGUGCAAAGAGUAUGGGAGCAAAAAGGAAGGGGUCAGUCUGCUGCUCCCAGGAGCUCAGCAUGAUCAGGGAAGAGAGGAGCCCAGUUACAGAGAGGCCACUGCACAAAAUGCCCUUUGGCUGUUCACAGGAGCCCUGCAACCCCAUGAGAAAGGAGACAGUAGACUGGUCAGGACAGUUUGGUCUAGAGCCCUCACUUCCCAAAUUUGCCCCUGCCCCACAUGCUGGCACCAAUUUAAUUCCACGGGACCAUCUGCUGAGCAUUCCCCAGUGCCAUGGCCAGCUGCCAGCUGCCAGCGCCAGCCAGUCUGGCCUUACCCUCUGGUUGGCGCCUGCAGGCCCCCUCCCCACCGCCCAGAAUGCCACACCUUGGAUCCUACCCAGGCAGCCUGGCACCUACCCACCCACCCUGCAGCCUAAACUACUCCCCUUGCCUCUCAGGAAUUGUGCCAGGAUGGGGCAGGUAGCUCAGGUUUGGGGGAAAACACCCAAAUCCAGAGUCCAAGGGAGAGGGGCUUAGAUGCCCCAUAUCUCCAGCUCCUGCUGGGUUCUGAGGUUUCUUAUCAGCUUGGGAAAGACCCACCUUCAUUUCCUUCCUCGCCCCACCUUCCCCCCUGGCCAGGGCUGGGCAGAGAGCGUAAGUUGAUCUCUGAGAUACACAAAUACCACCAGCUGCUUCAUCCACUGAAGGCGCUGAGAACAGGGAGGUGAGGAAUACGAUCCUUAAAAUAAACUCUCAGGCGUCCCUCUCACCAGCUGACUGGCUUUCUGGAGCCUUGUGGGUGAGUUGCAAGUUUGUGGUAGCAACAGCAGCAGGACAGGACAUGCAGGGAGAGAGGACAGUUCUCAGAUUUUGGAUACUUUGGAUGGAUUAUAGGGAAGCAGGGACCAAACACUCUUUAUCCCUCCAACCCCAGGGAAAACAUUUGGAAAAAGUACUUAUUGUUGGGAGCAGUGACCUCAGCCCCACCCAAUCUUCCCCAUCCAAUCAGCCUAUGAGGCCAGAGACUGCCAUGCAACCAUCCAGAAAGCCCUUUCUCCCUCAGAAGAGAGGUGGCCCCAGUCAGCAGUGGACAACCUGGCCUCCCCCCGGGGCCCCUAGCCCCCACCUAAGCCCUGCCCACCAAGACUAAUGGAUGCCAAUGCUGUCACGGCAGAAGGCCAGAUGGCAGGUGCCUAGGACAGGGGCCAGUGCCCUGCAACUGUAAAUAACCCUCUUUCCCCGCCCAGAAACCCAAACUGGACUCCAAUCUCCCUUCCUGGAGACAGAGACUUCCGGAGCCACCAGACUU